AUGCGCAUUUCCUACGUCCAUGCGCUCUUCUGGAUCGUGUGGCUGUUUCUCCUGAUUUUCAGCUACUUCAACUCGUACGAUGACCCCUCCUCCAUCUUCUACGACACGCGCCGCGCCUACGAGCAGCGCUUCUCGCUCGUGAGAUCCGCCGAAGCCGACCAGUUCCUCAAGCAGCCUUCGGGCGUGAAGUCGUCAGCCUCGCAGAAGGACAAGCUUCUAUGUAUCGGAAUCCCCAGCGUCAAUCGCACCUCCGAGUCCUUCCUCUCGCACACCGUCGCUACGCUGACCGACACCCUGACCCCUGACGAGCGCAAGUCCGUCCAUAUCGUCGUCCUCCUCGCCGACAAGUCCCCGCAAGCACAUUUCGCGUACGGCCAGAAAUGGCUCGAUCAGAUUGUUGACGAAGUCUUGGUGUAUGACACCGAGUCAACGCCCUCCAACAUCAGCGACGUGUACCGCACGAUUCCCUUCAACGUCUACAAGGACCCGCGUGGCGACGGGCGGGUUGAGAACAUGCGUCUCGACCACUCCGUGCUCGUUGAGACGUGUCGCAACUACGGGUCACCCUACUUUGCGCUCGUGGAGGACGACAUCGUGGCAUCGCGGGACUGGUUCCGCCGGUUCAAGAAAGGGCUCGCAUACACGGAGAGCCAGUCGGAAAAGACACAGACCGACUGGAUGUAUCUACGACUGUUCUACUCGGAGAUCUUCAUGGGGUGGAACAGUGAAGAAUGGCUGACGUACUCGGAAACAAUCUUCCUGGUCUACGUCGUCAUCCUAGCCCUAUUCCUAGAGGCUCGGAGGCGUUGGAAAUUUGGUGCUAGGUCUGGCGCUUCAGCAGCCGAGUCGAAUAUUCUCGCAGCAGCGGUGUUCGGUCUUUGGAUACCGGCGAUGAUUGUCUUGUAUUUCAUGGCAGGACGAGUGUCAGUGAACAGACUCAUCCCGUGGCCCAAUCCCGGCGCGCGCGAGAUGGAGCGCUACGGAUGCUGCGCGCAGGGCCUGGUUAUCCCCGAGAGACACCUCGAAGGAUUCCAGAACCUACUGAGGAACCCUCCGUAUGACUUUGCGGGAGACCAGAAACUAGAAGGUUAUGCGGAGAGCCGGGGAUUGAGGAAAUGGGCUUUGGAGCCCAGCGUGUUCCAGCAUGUUGGCCUGAAGCAGUCGUCUGCUGGAGAUGUUCGAGCUGAGGUAUGGAAUUUUAGCUUUGAGCGGCAACACAAGAGAUAG